AUAUUGCUGUGUGAUAGGGGACCAUCUACAUACUGCGCUUUGGAUAUUGUUCCUCAGUGGUCGUCUAUAAAUUGCGGAUGGUCCCGGAUUUGAGGGACCAUGUACAAAUUGUGAUAUUUCAAGAAAAUUUUAUUUUGAAGAUUUGAGCUUUGGGGGCUACCCGAUCCAGGGGUGCGGGAUAUGGAUGUUCAGGAGGAGCCAGAUGAACAGGAUGAACCUUUGACAAUAAAACCUGGUAUAGAUAUCUACAACAAAAUGAGAGAAGUAUUGAGAAGAGAUAAAGGCAGAGUAACUCAGGCGGACAGGGACACAUUAAUGGGCUAUAUGGAUGAUUUCAUGGAACUUCUAUCAAGCCAGAACACUAGGAUCGCAAUGCUUCAAAUCAAACUGGCUGACCUAAAUGAAUUAAAUGAGACACAUCUGGAUCCGUUGAUAGAGGAUUCGAAUAGAAGAAAUAGGGAGUUUAAGAAAUCCUAUGCAGACAUAGUAAGGAAUAGAUCUAGGACUCAGUUUGGGUCGCAGCAACAGGAAAGAGAGCACAUAACAAUCAUUAGACCAAUUGAGGAGGGAUGUUCAUCUGAUAAAACACGCUCAGACAUAAUAAAUGGGCUAGAUCCAGCCCACUUAAGAGUAGGAAUCAAAAAAAUAAUAAACAUCAAAAACGGCGGAGUACUGAUUCAAACCGAUAAACCGGAUGGAAUUGACUGUAUCAGACUUGAAAUGGAAAAAACCAAACUUACUAAAGAGUAUAGAGUAGAGGCUCCAAAAUUAAGAUUACCAACAGUCAUACUGUUCGGAGUAGAUGAGGAAGUGGAGGCUGAGGAAUUGGAGAGUACUUUGUGUAAACAAAAUCCAGAGAUUGAAGAGGAUCAUGUUAGAAUAAUUGCAGGAUUAAAAGUCAGAAACAAAAAACGCCAUUGGAUUCUCGAGAUAGCACCGGCGAGUUUUAACAAAAUAAGAUACAAGGAUAAGCUAAAUUUGUACUGGAGAAGACAUAAUUUCGAGGAAACAUUUGGCAUACGUCAGUGCUAUAAGUGUGCGGGAAUUGGGCAUGUAGCAGCAAAUUGCACCAAUAGCCAAAUAUGCAGACAUUGCUCAUCAACCAACCACAUGGAGAGUGCAUGUGAUGAUAGGCCGCACUGCUACCAUUGUGAGAAGGCGAAUCAGAAGUAUAGGUUGCGGUUGGAAGAGGAUCAUUCACCAUUUGAUAGAGAGUGUCAGCAACAUAUCAGAGCUCGAAACAGACAAAUGAAACGAACCAAAUAUGAUUAGUAGAAACAACAAUAUAAUUAAUUUCGGUCAUAUAAACUUGCACCACUCCUCACCAGCCAACCUUCAAUUCAAUGAGGAUUUCACAAAUCUUGAUGUCUACGUCGCCAGUUUAAAUGAGCCUUACUAUAAUCAGGAAUCAAUUAUCACUGGAUUCUCUGUGAAAAAUAAGUUGUACUUCCAUAAAAACAAACCGCGUUCAGCAAUACUGCUGAAUGGGGAAUUGAUCAAUAUCUUUCCGGUGCUUAUCUCCAGAGAUAUUUGUGCUGUUAAUUUCACACACAAAAAUAUUGUUUAUUUGUUCAUUUCCAUCUAUAUCUCUCCGAAUGAGAACAUUAUGGAUAAUCUUGGUACACUGGACUCCCUCCUCACCAAAUACUCUAGCUCAAGAAUUAUACUCUGCGGAGACUUGAAUGCGAAGUCUGUGGCGUGGGGACCGAGGAGCGACCACAGGGGCGAUAUUCUUCUUGAAUUUCUGAUUAGAAACGACCUUGAUGUAAUUAAUGAUCCGGAUUGUCCCCCCACCUACAACUCUGUGCUUGGUCAGAGUUGGAUUGACAUCAUAGCUAGCAACAUGAGUGAAAUUAGAGAUUACAGGGUUCAUGAUGGUAUUACCUGUUCCGACCACGAAUUAUUACUAGCCUCAAUUGAUACAGGUGGCCAGGCGGGCAAUGGACGUGGAUCAACCAAGACCAUUAAAUACCAAAGACUUAACUGGAUAACACUAAGAACUGGCUUAGAUAAGUUGGUAAAUGACUACAGGGUUGUCAAAUGUGACACCACCUCAGAACUCAAUGAAAGGAUUGGAGAAAUGACGGCAGAACUCCAUAAAACAUGCAGGAACGCAACUACGAAGCUCCCGAAUGGAACCAUUAAACAUUGCCCAUGGUGGUCACCCUCUAUCCACGCCUUUAGAAAAUUUGUCAGAGCCUUGAGACGUAAAUACCAGAAAACAAGUGAUGAAACUGCUAGAAGAGAAUACAGGAUCAAAUACAAGCUGAAUCUGGCAAAGUACAAAAAGACCAUCAAAAGAGCCAAG